ACGGCUAGCGAGGACACUAAAGUAAAUGAGGAUUUAAUAAUAAAAAGUGCCCAGGCACAUGAUCAAACUGAUAAUGUAAAGCCAUUCAAGCGCGAAUGGGUAUGGAGAAAUAUUAUCCUGAUGCUAAUCGUGCACUUAUCGGCCACUAAUGGCUUUUUCCUGGCUAUUUACACCGUUAGUUGGAAAACAUUCCUGUUCACCUACUUCUUAACAUUAUGUUGCUCGUUUGGCAUCCAGGUGGGCGCUCACAGGCUAUGGUGUCACCGGACCUUUAAGGCCAAACUGCCCCUACAGAUAAUGUUAAUGAUUUUCGAUACCCUGGCGCUCGAGAACGACAUCUACGAGUGGAGUCGCGACCAUCGGGUGCACCACAAGUACUCGGACACCGACGCCGACCCUCAUAACUCCAAAAAUGGUUUCUUUUUCUCACACAUCGGUUGGUUGUUAAGCCGAAAACAUCCCGAAGUGAUGGCUAAGGGAAAGACUAUAAACAUGAGUGACUUGGAUAAGGAUCCGGUCAUUCAGUUUCAGCGAUCCUUUUACAUACCGUUGGUUAUUCUGAUAUGGGGUGUAUUGCCCACCUAUUUACCACAUUAUCUAUGGGGAGAAACCAUAUGGAAUUCCUGGUUUACCUGUGUUAUGUUUAGGUAUGCCGUCGUGCUAAAUAUAACCUGGUGCGUUAAUAGUGCAGCACAUUUGUGGGGCAUGAAGCCAUACGAUAAGAGUAUAGUACCGGUGGAGACAACUAUAAAGAAUUAUUUAUUUGGC